CAUUUUUAUUUUUCUCCUUUGUUGUUGCAAUGGCGUCCGAGCAAGCCGCUUCCACUGAUGGAAGCCACUCGUACGGCCAACAGCUGCUCGCAGGCGCCAGAAGCAACAAUGUGGAGCUCGUGCGCAUGCUACUACAACGCCCAGGCAUCGACGUCAACGUCCGAGGUCAAGGGAUGGGCACCGGUGGCCUCACGCCGCUGCAGAUGGCAUCCUUCUUUGGGCACACUGCUGUCGUGGACCUGUUGCUGCAGAACGGGGCCGACCCAAACCUGCAAGACAAGGAGGGCGAGACGCCGUUGCAUCGCGCGGCCAUGUCGGAUCGCCGCGAGAUUCUUCAGCUGCUGCUCAAGCAUAACGCCGAUGUCACCAUUCGAAACGGAAUGGGCAUGACUGCCCAGGCUCUGGCGCGCAACGAAGACGUUCGCCGUCUGCUUCGAGCGGCGGACGACGCGCAACGCCUCGAUAUUGAAACAAAGUUCCUGACGGCGGCUCGCGACGGAAACACAACGCUGGUGGCCCACCUGAUCGACGGCACCUCUCCGCCCAACCUGAACUGCCGCGACCGAAACGGCAACACGGCGCUUCACUGCGCCGCCAACCGAGGGCACAAGGCCAUUGUCAUUCUUCUGCUGCAGCAUGGCGUUGACACGGCCAUUCUGAACAACCAACAGAAGACGGCGCAGCUCCUGGCGAAAGACGAUCAAACGCGCGACCUUUUGCUUGUGUCGCCGGUCUCUGCGCGGCACCGCCUGGAAUCUGCCCGCAUUGAAGGCGCCCUCUCAAAAUCCUCCUUCCGCGGGUGGAAGCUGCGCUGGUUUGUGCUGGACAACUGCACACUUUCGUACUACAAUUCGGCAUCCGAGGCGCGCAGCGGCAAAGGUCGCGUCCUUGACUCUGUGCAUCUUGGAACGGCGGUGGUUUCACCUGACGCAUCCGACCCGCUCGUGUUUCGCAUCAAAGGCAACUCCUGGGCCUACCAACUGCGGACUGAGAAGGCGGACGAUCGUCUGCGGUGGCUGACGGACAUGCGGGACCAGCAGACCUACUUUAGCCUAGCCGUGCCCGUCACCGAAUCGUCGGUGCAGCAGUCAAGCUCACGCGCGUCUUCCCAACCCUUGCCCUUCUCUGGCCGCUUGAAAUCCGACUUGGACGAUGCGACACUUCCCCGCCUCGGUCCGCUGGCAGAGUCGUUGGAAGCGGCUGCGCGAGAUCGAGAGGCGCUCGAGAAGCAACUCGAUGGUGUCGAGACCGCUGUUGAUGCUGCAGCCCAACAGGUCGCAGCUCUGAGCAAGUCGUCCCCCAUGCAAGGCGCUGCGGCGGAGGUGGUCAAGAACGCCGACGACAUUGUCAGGACGCUCAAGCAAUCGCGCGAAACGAGCCGUGCCCUCUGGCGGACGUUGUCCCAUUGCUUGAAUAUCAUGUCUCACCAUGAGCAUGUCUGGACCAAGCGAUUCGAGCUUGAGAAAGAACGGCGGCGUGUGCUCGAAGAGAGCAUUAGCAAGCUGGCUGCCGAGCACGACCAGCUGGAGCGCAGCGUCAUUUCCAUCUCUUCGCGUCGCUCGAGUCAUCUCGAUUUGGCCAGUAUGGGUGAAAAUGAGUGCUUUUUCGACGCCAGUGAUGGUGAUUUCGACGAGCAUGGCUUGCCCGUCGAUUCGGACGAUGACGACGCCUUUACUGACUCUGCGUACGAAAGCAACGCGCCACCUCAUGCUCGGGUGGCAACCGCAGCAGCAGCAAAGCUGUCAUCCUCCGCUGCAGCUUCCUCUGCUUCUCUCAGCUCCACUGACAGCUCGAGCACGUUGCCAGCCGGCACGUUUGGCGAAAAUGCCCUCGCAACUUCUCGUACGUCUGUGGUGAAUGGCAAGCGUGUCCACCGCACGACCCUCGCUCAGUACAUGGUGGAUCGCAAGAAUGUGAGCCUGUGGGCCUUCCUCAAGCAGUGCAUGGGAAAGGACUUGUCCAAAAUCACCAUGCCCGUCCUCUUCAACGAGCCCGUGUCCUUCUUGCAGCGCCUGUGUGAAGAUUUGGAGUACGCCUCCCUUCUGGACACUGCCGCGCAGCAUCCCGACCCGCUGAUGCGCAUUCAGUACGUGAUGGCGUUUGCCGCCAGUGGCUAUGCUGCGACCGCCAACCGCCUCGGCAAGCCAUUCAACCCGCUGCUCGGCGAGACGUUUGAGCUUGAGCGCGACCUCGAGAAUGGCAGUGUGAUGCGCGCAUUGUGCGAGCAAGUCUCCCACCACCCUCCGAUCUCUGCGUUGGUUUGCGAAUCCCCGCACUUUGUCUUCCACGAGUACAAUGACGUGCGCAUCAAGUUCUGGGGCAAGAGCAUUGAGAUUGUUCCUACAGGCAACGAGCAUGUGCGACUUCGGAUUGGCGACUCUGGCAGCGAAGACGAGGAGUUUACCUGGUCCAAGGUCACAACGUGCGUGCACAACAUUAUCGUUGGCAAGCUGUGGCUCGAUCAGUAUGGGAAAAUGGAGAUGGUCAAUCACACAAACAACGUUCGCUGCGUGCUCGAGUUCAAGCCCCGCUCGCUGUGGUUUUCUCCCAACUCUGGAUGCGAGCUGGAAGGCUACGUUCUGGAUGCGGCGGGCAAUCGCACGCACUUGCUUGCCGGCUGGUGGAAUGACUCGCUGUAUUCCAUCUCUCUCAAGGACUACUACGCGUCCCCUGCCGGAGCGGCUGCAGCUGCAGCUGCGGCAACGGGCUCGAAAAAGAAGGCUGUCGCGCCCACCAUCGCCGCCGAAGCCCUGCGCGUCCAUCCCGCUGCCAAGCGCCUGUGGGUUCGCAACCCUCUGCCCGAGAUUAGCUCCAAGAUGUACAACAUGACGACGUAUGCAAUGGCCUUGAACGAGGUGGACUCGGAGCUUGCCAAGUCUGUGGCUCCGACCGACUCGCGCCUCCGUCCCGAUCAACGCGCCCUCGAGAACGGCUUGGUCGACCUCGCCAGCUCCGAGAAGAACCGCCUGGAAGAGAAGCAGCGUCUGACUCGCAAGGUGCGUGCGCGCCAAAACCAGGAGCACGUCCCGAUGUGGUUUACCGAGCGCGAGGACGCCUACAACGGCAUGAACGGCUGGCUGUAUCGCGGUGGCUACUGGGAAGCCCGCGAGAAGGGUCAAUUCGAUGCUUGUCCCGAUAUUUACGGCGAUGCCCCUCAGAGUGGAUGAGCAGUGACAUAUUUUUUUCAAACAAUCUGUUGGUUUAGACUUUUUUUUUGUGUGUGUGUGUGUCUGUGUGUGUUUUUUGUUCGUUUGUACGCUGGAGGAGCCAAUACAUUGUAUGUAC